UGCCCAAGGCAACUCGUGAGAAACGAAUCCCGGCGAUCGCGAUUUCGCCUCCGCACAGCUGGCGGAGUAACCGGCUGUCACCAUGGCCGCAACCAACGCUGCGAUCAUGGGCCGGAGGCUGACGGCCUUUGGGCAUCACAACCUUUUGGUUGAUGUCAUCGCGAAGGAGCAAGCCAGUGAGGGGUCAAGGGUAUCCUCAAAGCGCCACCCGGCGCAAGAGACGCGCACGCCUGGAAAGGUCUUGGCCGUUUGGGGCCACGAGACCGAAGAAGCAGAUAUGUUCGUGCCCUACUUCUCCAGCAAGCCUUUCAACUUUGACGGAGACAUUGUGAGGCUGCGGCAUGCCCUGGGCGUGGUGAGCCAUCGCGGCCACAAGCCGGACAUGCCGAACCAGGAUGAGUUCUUCGUGUUGGUGCAGAAGGAGUCGGUGCUCAUGGGCGUCUUCGACGGCCACGGCUUGGACGGCCACAACGUGGCGCACUUUGCGCAGGAGCAUCUGCCCAGAAGCAUCUUGGAGCGCCUCAACGCGGGCCAGAGCUGGGAGCCCGCAGUGCGCAGCGCGGUUGGAACGCUGAACAGCGAAUGUUCGCAGGACGAAGAGAUGGCGCAGAAGGCUCAGCUCUCUGGUACCACGAUGACCGUCCUCAUGUUAGACAGCCCCAGCCCCAGCCUUUGGCGCAUCCGUUGCGCGCACCUGGGAGACUCCAUCGCGGUGCUGGCGAGCAGGCCGAAGGGAGGCGGCGCUUGGCAAGUCACGCAGCUCACCGAGAUCCACCGGGCGGAUCGACAGGACGAGUCCGAGCGGAUCACCAAGGCUGGCGGGAAAGUAGUGCACUUCGAAGGGGAGCCGCCGCGCCUGGUGGCAGAUGAGUGGUGUUUGGCGGUGAGUCGGUCCUGGGGAGACUUCCACGCCGCCAAGUGCGGCCUGUCCUGCGAGCCCGAGUUCAGCGUGCGGGAUUUGCCCACGGACUGCGAGUGCUUCGUCUUGAUCUGCUCCGAUGGUGUCUGGGACGUAAUGCCGCAGCUGCAAGCUGUGAAUCUCAUAGGGAAGUAUCCGCAAGCGGAGGCGCAGAGCGCCGUUGAGAAGCUGGUGAGCAAGGCCCAGCUGCGGUGGCAAGAGCAGGGCGACGUGGUGGACGACAUCACCGCCUUGGUACUGUGGCCCACCCUGGGGGACGCCUUGGCAAAGGAGAACGCAGACACCGAUGCGCCGGAGUCCGGUAACUCGGACAGUGAUGCUUGAAAUCCGCAGUCUGUCAGUUCGGCGCCAUGCUUUACGCGACCUCAGCAUGGUCGGCAGAUUUGAAGAACAGCGCAUCCGUUCGCUUGCAAAACGCCUGGCAUGUACUUGCCCUGCGCUUCAUCCGUUUGCAAAAUGAUUCCUGACCUGUACAGACUGUGCGCUUGGCCGUUUUAAUGAAACUCCUAUCUCCAAGGGAGUUGCUCUCUGACACCCUAAUGGGUCACUGGAGACUGUUGACAGGCUUCCACUUUGCUGAAGCCUUGAGGGCUGCGGGGACGCUCCAUGCUUGCCCUGUGGCUCCCCACGAGAGCCACUCUGCCAAAGAACUGUAAGGCCUCGAAGUGUGCCGGAAUUCGCCGCUUCGUGCUUCGCAUUUCUUUGGGACUGUGUUGGCUGGGAAAGAAUUACUUUCAACUUGCUCAGCUGAAUUCUCACGAGGUUGGUCAAGCUUAUGGAGC